UCCUAUGCGCAUCGCUCCCUCGACUCCCUCAUCUCGCCCUCGUCUCGCCAACGCGCUUACGACACAACUGCCUCAUUCGCCUCUGACCAACCGAUACUCUUUGUAUCCCUCUUCUCGCUGCUCCCUAUCCUACUUUUCAUCUCAUUCGCCCUUUCCACCUUCUUUCUCACCCUUUGUGUAGCUGUCAUCUUCACGCUCUUCUGGACCGGCGUUGCAAGUCUAUUCUUGAUUCCUACGCUAUUCAUCACGUCGGCCCUUGCGGUGCUGUGCUGGGGAUCGUCGGUAGGGAGCUUUGUCGUUGCUAGAUGGUUGUACCACCAUGCGCCGGCGGGUGUU